AUGGCUUCAAGAAUCGUGCCAGCUGCUGAACUUCAAUCGUUUGCUGAAUAUUUAAAAGGCUGCAAACGCAUUGUUGCUCUUCUUGGUGCUGGAAUCUCAGCAUCCUCAGGCCUACCCACCUUCCGUGGCGCAGGUGGAAUUUGGCGCUCCCAUGAUGCAACCUCCCUUGCGACUCCAGAAGCCUUUGACAGGACUCCUGAUCUCGUCUGGCAGUUCUACAGCUAUCGGCGACAUAUGGCCUUACAGGCCGACCCCAACAAAGCACACUACGCCUUAGCUGAGCUGUCGCGAAGGAAUGAAGAUUUCAUCACAUUGAGCCAAAAUGUAGAUGGCCUCUCGCAGCGAGCGAACCAUCCAUCGAAGCAGCUACAUCUUCUUCAUGGGAAUCUGUUUACUGUCAAAUGCACCAAUUUCUAUUGCACCCACACCGAAGAAAACUACAUCGACCCCAUCGUUCCGGCCCUCGAGAUCCCCAAAAAGAGUUCAGGCCUUAAUCCUUCUGCGACCGACAAGACUGGCCAGGAAGCAUCCCAGGCGCUUGUAGAUGCGCUGGAGGGCAUAACCAACGAGGUCGACAUAUCCGACGCCAGCAAUCCUAUCCCUACAAUCCCCGAUAAGGACUUACCUCAAUGCCCGAAAUGCAAGAAUGGCUUGCUCCGACCGGGAGUCGUAUGGUUCGGAGAGCCCCUACCGGAGAAGACACUCAAGGCUGUCGAUAAGUGGAUGGCGGCGGGUCCAAUUGACCUGUGCUUGGUCAUUGGCACCAGUGCGAGGGUCUGGCCAGCUGCAGGGUACGUCGAUGAGGCGCGUUCGCAGGGUGCCCGAGUUGCAGUGUGCAAUAUGGACCCCGAUGAUGUACCUGGUGAACUUGAUUACGAUGACUGGUUCUUCCAGGGAGAUGCGGGUGUCAUUGUCCCUGAGAUACUCAAGAGUGUUAUUGGCGAGAUUUGA